AGGAAAGUCAAUUCGACAACUAUUUUAUGUGGCUUCACCCGAGGCUUCAUGACAGCAGGAUAAAUGAGUUGUGUUGGCGACCAUCACACAAUGCUGGCCUCAGAUGAUGAUGUGCUGCCCCCUCCUGGUGACAUCCAUGUCCUGUUGCUGACAUUCGAUUCUGUGUCUCUGAGCUGGGGUUCUCCUCAGGGGCUGACUGGACCACAGACAUUCAGAGUGACCUGGGGGUGUGACGGUGAAACAAGGUCAACAAGAGUGAAAGGUGGGCAUCAUCUUGAAAUAAGCAGUCUCCAACCUGGUAAAAAGUACCAGUUUAACGUGGCUACAGAAGGAGAAGAUGGAAGCCAAAGCAGAUGUGUCUCAGCAUCCCUAUCCACAGUGGUCCCACCCAGAGAUUUAAAGAUAGACCAUUUGGAAGAGACCUCCUUCACUCUCCACUGGUCCAAUGCUGAAGGGGUGGAGAAUGUCCCACAGCACUUCUUCAUAUCCAACUGCAUCCCAGGAACAGACCCCCUCACAGCCAUUACUGACGACUGCCACAAAACCUUCUCAAACCUGCAACCCGGCACCGAGUACACUGUUAGUGUUUCAACUGUGCUGAGCAAUGGGGAACAGAGUGAACCUGUCUCUACAACAAUCUGCACUAUACUUCCUGCUCCAGAGCAGCUGACUGUUGACUCAGUGGACACCACAUCAGCUGCUGUUAGCUGGAGCCAGCCACCAGGAUUGGACCAAACCCAACAUCAUUACCAGAUCAUUUACUUCUGUCCAGGGACACAACCCCACUACACCACCACAUAUUCACCCAGCAUCACUCUCUAUGACCUGCAACGUGGUAGUCAGUACUCUGUCACUGUCUGCACUGUGCUGGAAAAUGGAAAGCAAAGUAAACCUGUGUCAACAACCCUGACCACAGUACAUUUUCAGUGGUGGGAGAGAGCCUCUGGAGUUGCUGCAGUGUGUGUUCUACUGGCUGUGAUCAUAGGCCUGUGGGUUUCCUAUGCCACUGCAGAGCGAGACCAGCUACAGAAUAGUCUAAAUACCAGGACCACAGAGAGAGACCAGUUAAAAACCAGGCUUAGGUCCUAUGAGAAACCCUGUCUGAAGGAAUGGUGGAAGUUUGGCACCAGCUGUUAUUAUGUCUCCUCCACGAGGGACUCUGCCGGGGACGGUCAGCGGCAGUGCAGAGCAAUGGGUGCUGAAUUGGUUGUUAUAAACAGCAGAGAAGAACAGAUAUUUAUCAAUGGAUUUAAGAAGAAUGUCUGGAUUGGUGUAUAUAAAAAAGACGGAAUCUGGGAGUGGCUUGUCAACACAGCAUUUAAACCUACCUAUUGGAUGGAAGGGGAACCAAGUAGCUUGAAUGACGAGGUGGCUUGUAUUGAGAUCUCACAGACGGCAUCAGACCCAUUGAAGAGUUGGAAGGGUGUAAAAUGUACUUCAAAUUACUGGGUGUGUGAAAAACCGUUCACACCGUAGUCUAAUUAUAAUAACUAAUGUAAGCCCCUAUCUUAUGGAGUUGCACUGGUUUUCCCUUUGUUAGGCCUAACGUGUUUCUAUGUGUAUCUACAUUGAAAGAUGUAUUUGAUGUCUUUAAAGAGAGCAGGGCUAUGUGGAGUUUGUCCACCGUUCAUCAGGCCCAGGGGAGUGGAAUUGUGGUCUAGUAGGCUCUAACUGUGGUCUAGUAGGCUCUAACUGUGGUCUAGUAGGCUCUAACUGUGGUCUAGUAGGCUCUAACUGUGGUCUAGUAGGCUCUAACUGUGGUCUAGUAGGCUCUAACUGUGGUCUAGUAGGCUCUAACUGUGGUCUAGUAGGCUCUAACUGUGGUCUAGUAGGCUCUAACUGUGGUCUAGUAGGCUCUAACUGUGGUCUAGUACGCUCUAACUGUGGUCUAGUAGGCUCUAACUGUGGUUGACUUUUUUAAAAACUAUAUUUACAAUUUUUACCAUUUUAAUGUGUGCAUAUAACAAUUGAAUAAGAUUCUGUUUUCAUUUAAGUUUUUACAGUUAUCAAUCCAUUUCAAAUGCAGCAGUGUUCUGUUUCCUUCCAUUCCAUUCCAUAUGUACCAUGUAUUUCAUCAGUAGAAUGAACACAUCUAUAUACUGUGAUCCAGGUAUGUCAUUUACUUGUCAGGUAUACUGUAAUACUAAGUGUUGUAAUGUAUGAAUAGUAACUCCAAUGUUUUCCUUCUAAAUGGUGUCAGUUAUUAGUUGACGUAGCACAGUAAAAACACUUUAGUUAAUAGAUAGAAAACAGUCGUUAUCAGUAAAGUUAUAGCAGUACCAGAAUUGACCACUAGAAGGGUUGUGUCAUCCAUGGACAUGUGACCAGAGCCCGUAUUCACAAAGCAUCCCACAGUAAGAGUGCUGAUCUAGGAUCAGUUUUGUCUUUGACCUCUCUCUGGUAAUGUUAGUUGUUUUAUCUUUUUACUUAGCUUACCCAGUACAAAGGAACCGAUGGGAUAGUCCCAAAAGAGCAAACUCUGCCCAACUAGCAACACAAUACUCCUGUUGGAUGAAAUAUUCACAUUUAGAACUUCUGUGCAGUAUUCUGGAACUUGAACUUAAAACCUGAACAUGUGCAUCUUCUAAGGCUCCAACCUUAGCUAUACCCACUGGAUACCAUUAUGGACCUAUAGCGUUCACAUAAUAAUGGAGUCAGAUUGAUAAAUGUAGGUUAUUAUUAUAUUCAACAUAAUUUCUACACAUCUACACCUUAACAGGUGUCUUGAACAUACUGAAGUCUGAGAUUUCUGAGUUCCCAGGUGUUUUGAAUGCAGCAUUAGGGGAUCUGUUCUCCACCACCCACAGCCUUCCUGGGUACAUCAUUAGGGGAUCUGUUCAGAUAUGUUAUGAUAUGAUAUGAGAUCAGAUCAGAUAUGAUACUGUAUGAGAUCAGAUCACAUAUAAUUUAUUAGAUAUGAUAUGGUACUGUAGGAGAUCAGAUAUAUGGUAAUUUAUGAGAUCAGAUUUGAUAUGGUAAUUUCUGUUUGGUUAAAUUUGAAGACAUCUUCUGUAACACAAGUUAAAUAUCCAGUAACAAUUUCUAUGACGCAUACACAUAUAAUGCCCUGUAAAACAUUUAUAACGCCUUAAUAUUCACUAUAAGAUAUUAGAAUUGCUCAUAAGUAAAUGUGUAACAUACAACAAUAAAUGUAAAUAAAUAUGGUAACAGGGAUCCCUUUUAACAAACAUUAAACUUUUUGCCUCUGUCUCAAAAUCCGCAUCAGCCAAUUAAAAUCGUGAAUGUAGUUGUACACUGUCAAACACUACAUACAGUGCCUGCAGAAAGUAUUCACACCAAUUGAUGUUUCCACAUUUUGUUGUGUCACAGCCUAAAUUUAAAAUGGAUUA